AUGGCUCUUGUUUCGCCGGUCGCCUCGGUAUCAGCGGCACCGAUUAUUAUAUCAUCUUUCUGGACAGCAAGAGGGGAGGCGCUCCCCUCUCACGCCUCUCCCCCCUUCCAGCCCUCCCUCCCUUUCCGCCUCUCUUUCUCUUGCUCCGUUUCUACCAGCGACAUCCCCAUGGCGCAGUAUAUCAUCUUUCUGGACAGCAAACGGGGAGGCGCCGAGAAGUUUAUUCUUCAGGUUCUAGACGACACUCACAUGUUGAUUCUAGCGGAUGCAGCCGACAUGGUGCAGAAGAUGUGCCGUGAUUGGAUGGAUGCCAACACGUGGUACGGCGUGAAGGUGCAAUGCGUGUGGGACAGCUCCGGGCGAUUGGCGUCCCCGUCACGCGUUCUGCAGUACGCAUUCCCAGAGACUCACAAGGGCGAGGCGCUGACGUCAUGGCGGGUGGACGACAGCGACAGCAGCUACCACUCGCGCUACUUCCGCAUCCGCUUCGCCCGCCAGGACGUGGGGCUAAGAGAGGUCGCGUGCUUCCACCUGCCCGUGCGCCAGAAGGUGUGUGCGAGUGCUGCAGUGAGACCAUUCGACAACCCUCUAUCGCUGCCCUUUGAGCUCCUCUCCUCCACAUGCCCUUCACAGCGGGCCGGGGGAACGUGCCUCCUGAUGACCUGGACGCAACUCAGAUGUGUGCAACAUGUCUCUCAUGUGUGCAACAUGUCUCUCAUGUGUGCAACAUGUCUCUCAUGGUCUGCGUCUCUUCUCCCGCGGCCCCGCCUGCAUGCACUUGUGUGUGCUUGCAUCUCUGCGCCCUUCUCGUCCCCUUCCCCUGUCCCCCAGAGGCCAUUCGACGAGCCCGUAUCGCUGCGUUUCGAGCUCCUCCACGCGCCCUUCACAGCGGGCCGUGGCAACGUCCCACCCGACGACCUAGACCCUGUAGCGCGGCAGAUAGUGCGCAUUCCGGGCGGCAUGUGGCACCACGUGCACGAGUACACGCCCGUCACAUUCGACACCAUGCACUUCGCACAGCUGGACGUCACUGUUCAUGCCGCCAUGCUGCAUUUCUCCAACCUGCCUCUGCACUCCGCACAUCGACCCAGGGUUGUGCGUCCAGUGAGACCCCCUCCCGCCACACUCCCUCCACCGGCGGAUCUGCCUCCAAUCACCUUCUACACCACUGACAACUCCUCACAACCGCUCCCCCAGCAGCCCACCACUGCCGUUACGUCCCAAGAUGACAGCGCCCCUGCCAUUACAUCCCAGGCUGCCGGCACCACUGCUGUGACUGCUGCUGAUGCUCAUGCUCCCAGGGCUGGUGGUGGUGAGGACUUGGCUGGUGUAGGCAGUGCAGACGAGGGUGCAGCUGCAGGCCACGCUGCUGCAGCUGCAGGUGCAGGGGCAGAUGCAGUAACUGCAGCAGCAGGAGGAGCUGGUAUAUCAGCAGGGGCAGCAGCAGGGGCAGGUGCAUCAGGGGCAGGUGCAGCAGGGGGAGGUGCAUCAGUGGCAGGUGCAUCAGGGGAAGGAGCUGCAGGGGCAGACACAGGAGGCCAUGCGGAGGGCAGGGAGGAGUUCUAUGAGGCGGAGGGUAGCUUUGUUGUGGCGCAGUGGGAGCAGAGUGACGUGGUGGGUAAGGAUGUUGCAGACAAGUCAUUUCUAGAUGAGAUGCUUGAGAGCACUCCCACCAGAGGUGGGGAGGCUGCUGCUGGUGUGGCCAGAGGGGGGACUGGAAUCACAGGUGGUGCGGCCAAUGGGAAGGAUGGAGAGGCGCCUGGGGCGGGCAGGGGAAGGAGCGGAGAGGGUUCUGGAGCAGGGGAGCGGGAGAAGAAUGGCAAGGCGAAGCUAGCAGAGCCCGCAACAGCGACCAUGGCGUGUCUGCUGCUCGAGUCCUCUCUCCUCCUGCGCUCGCUCAACGCUGCGCUCGCUGCCACAUACAACCUGCACCACCUGCUGCCUCCCCCAGACGCCAUGGCUGAGCAGUCGCUCUGCUCUCCGGUGCUCGCCAGUGCACUGCGCAAGCUGAUGGGUCAGUCCGACAGAGCAGAUGCUGACAGGCCAGAUGCUGACAGGGAACGUGCUGCCGUGGCAGAUGCUGACGGGGCAGAUGCUGACAGGGCAAAUGCUGACGGGGCAGAUGCUGACAGGGCAAAUGCUGACGGGGCAGAUGCUGACAGGGCAAAUGCUGACGGGGCAGAUGCUGACAGGGCAAGGGCGAAAUCCGGUGGAGUGGAGACGAGCAGAAGUGAGGGGCCAGGUCCAGCAACAGAGAGAGGGGCGAGCGGGAGUGGAGAGGAUGCAGCGAGUAGUGAAGGGGGUGGUAAUGACUGUAACGGAGGUGACAAUGGAUUGAAGGGGAGAGCACAGGAGUGGGAGGGAGAAGGUGUGGCUGUGGGGGGUGAUGGGGGAGGGGAGCAGAGUAGUGGUGGGUCGGGCACGGUAAAGAGCGGUGAUGAUGGUGGGGGUGAUGGGGUUACCGAUGCUGGGGGUGGAAGCAGGGAGGAAAGUGGGAAGGCGGAGUUGAGUGCAGAGGAUGGGACGGGCAGUCAGUUAGGGAAGAGGGAUACCACCACCACCACUGGAGUGACUGUGACUGAUGGGAGUGUGAGUUUAACGGAGGAGGAAGUGGAAGCAGUGAAGGUUGCUGCAAAGGGUCUCGUGACUGCGUACUGGACGUCCUUCUUCAGCAUGCACAAGCUGUGCCACGUGGAGCUGUGUGCGGUGCUGCGGCAGCAGUGGGUGGCAAACCAAACACGAGAAGCAGCGCCGUGGGUGUAUGCGUCUUCCUCGCCCAUGCAGACAGAGCAGCUCUUUGGCCUCGACCGCUGGCCCGAUGUCACCACAGCCAGGCAAUUCAUGCCGCCAGACAAGCAGAGCGAUCAUCCACCCACCCACCUCUCUCGUCUCACACCUUCUCAGCUGCCGCUCCUCUCAGCAGCCUUGGCUCCCCAGCUCGCGCUCCUCUCAGCAGCCUUGGCCCGCCAGGUGCGGGCGGCCAUGGCUGCAGUGCCCUCCUCCGUGCUCGCCCUGCCAACCCACCGAUGCCAUAACUGCAUCCCCAAUCCUGCCUCCUCCCUCCGCCACACCUCUCUCCCCCCACACCCCUCUCAGUUGGCGCUCCUCUCAGCAGCCUUGGCCCGCCAGUGCACACUGCCCUCGCACGCUGCCCUGCCUCACCUGACCUACCUGCACCUUCACUCGUCCCAAUUGACCCUGCCAUUCGCAUGGCUUCUCUUUGCUCCCAAGACAUUCCAUCCUUUGAACCCCAACCUUAUGCCGUGCUCCCCUGCGGACGACAGCAUGCAGCCCUACCUGCCCUACCUGCACCUCUACCUCUCCUUCUGUGGGCCCCACCUGGGCUACUUGUACCACUCCAACUCCCUCGUCACGGGGGCCCGGGGUGGGGGAGGGGGUGUGCCUGCCACACUCCACAUAUCCAUGCCACUGGCCCCUUCAAUCAACUCCCUGCCCAAGGGCCUUCAUUUUGUGCCUUUUUUUACAUAUCUUCUAUCCCGUGACUCCCUCUCUCCUGCCCUGCUCCCCACUGCAGACGACAGCAUGCGGCCGUACCUGCCCUAUCUGCACCUCUACCUGUCCUUCUGUGGCCCCCACCUGGGCUACAUGUACCACUCCAACUCCCUCGUCACGGGCGGCAUGUGGCUGCUCAAGCGCCUCGACCCCUCCUCCCUCAUGCGCCAGCUGUCCUUCUCCGAUUCGCUCAACGUCCGCGACUCCUGCAUCUACCGCCUCUCUCAGGUCGCGCCAGGAGUGGGUCCACUUCAAGCACAUCGUUCUCUUUGCCUCGCCCCAGGUGCAUCCCUCCCUCCCCUCUCAUCAACUCAUGCCGCCCUGCAAACCAUCAGUUAUCUUCCUGACUUAUGCCACGCCAGCUUGCACUUCAUCCAUACACUCCAUGUCACUCGUUCAAUCGCCUCUCCCUCCCCAAUUCUGUGCCCGCCUGUCGAGCCACCUCAGGACGAGUAUGUGCCAUAUCAUUCCGCCCGUCUGGAGGUCUUUGGUGCGGUGCUGAGGGAUGCUCGUCUCGGUGGCGUGUACACAUCAAUGGUUGAAGGCUGCCUUGCGCCAUUCCUCUCCCAUCCUUCGUGGACGUCUGGAGAUCGAUCAUUCAUUCGCUGUGACGUCAACUUUGAGUUGCCGCAACAGCAACGUAAUUUGAACCGCCUGCUGGGAAGAGCGGCUCACAUUGAGUUCCUGGAGCGCACCUCACGCCCAAACGGACACGUGGCACCACUCUCACCCAUCACCAAUCACCACCGAGCGACCCUCGUCAGCUGGAGUAGCUCGGCAUUCCCAAGGCGUUCCUUGCCUCUCCGCGGACUGUCGCUGCACUGCCAGCAGCCGCGGCACGGUCGUUCCUUUGAUGGUACACAGGUUGCCCGACCCGUGAGACCACACGCCACCACUGCAGGAGGCUCGAAUUCGAGAGCAGCUGCUUCGGAUGAAGAUGCAUCCGGGGUAAGGGAUUUGGAGCGAAGGCUGGAGGGGAGACUAGCAGCGAUGCAGGAGGGGAGGGGCAUGGAGAUGCGGCAGGGGGGGGGUAUGGAUAGGGGCAUGGAGGUUCGGAUGUUCACGGAGGACUUGCCUACGCAGCUGGAGGCGAUCACUACAGGGGCGACGACGCUGGUGGCGGAGACGCAGAGGAGCCCCCCUGACGUGGACUACCUGCAGGAGCUGCUGGCCAUCCAGCAGUCGGGGCCGCGGAACAUUGGCUUCUUUGGCACGCGCAACAUGGGCUUCAUGCACCAGCAGCUGAUUGAAAUCCUCAGCUAUGCCAUGAUUAUUACUAACAACCACAUCUACACGUCGGGGGCAGCGGGCACGAACGCGGCAGUGAUCCGCGGGGCGCUAAGGGCGGAGAAGGCGGAGCUGCUCACCGUCAUCCUGCCCCAGUCGCUCGGCAAGCAGCCUCCCGAGAGCCAGGAGCUGCUGAAGAAGGUGGAGAACCUAGUGGAGAAGCCUCACAACGACCAUCUGCCACUACUGGAAGCCAGCAGGCUGUGCAACAUGGACAUUCUAUCGGAGGUAGAGCAUGUGAUCUGCUUCGCUUUUCACGACAGCCGGCUGCUCAUGGAGACAUGUCAGGAGGCCAAGGACAUGGGCAAGAUCGUCACCCUCUUCUACCUUGAUUAG